UGAAUGAAUGGGAUAGAUCUAUACGGCUGUCAUAAGCACCCUGAUAGUUCCGCCCUCGGGCAUCGGGGUCUCGAAGACGAAUCCAGAUCAAAGUGAUAGGUAUCCCCUUCACUUACAUGCCUCUUGCUUGAUGUGCCGUGCUUUCACUCGACGAUAAUGCGCUUGUUCCUUGCGCCAAGGGAUGUCUCUCUUACGCGUUUGCUCUUCCUCACAUGCAAACACGCGACUACCUCAACUCGCAGCCCUGAAGAUCACAACCCCCCUUUCCCUUCCACUAGCCGCCAUCCUCGCUCUCGAAUUGGGAACCUACAUUGCCACACCCUCCAUCCCACCCACGCCGACGUCAGGCUCCAAAUGCCCACGGCGAUGCGAAAACGAGUACGAAUACUGCAUGAGGGUAAAUAAGUCCACCCGCAAAGAUGCUUUAUUGUGAUGAAAAGCCGAACGGGUGGGCAGGCGAACAAAAAAGCAGCGAAUACGGAGCGCGGUCGCAGGCUAUUACAGCAUGCAAAAUGGUCGCCUGUGCGGUGUGAGAUAGUGUAAGUAGCGCAUCAUUUUGCGCAAAGGAUAAAAGGAGUGGAAAGAAGACAGGCUGACGGGAAGACAGUGUCCGGAGUGUGGGUGGUGUGGGCGGGAAUAUAAAUCUGUAAGUUGAUGUGCACGAAUUUUGAAUUAGCUUGAGCUCUACGAAUGCGGAUCGUGGUUGGACUCAC